GACGUGGCUAAAAGCUGUGCCUUUCUAACCCGCUGCUCCGGGACCGGACCGGGGCUGGUGCGGGGGCGCGAGGGGCGAGGCGCCCCCGCUGCCGGGCAGCCCCUUUCGGCUCUCGCCCAUUGUGAGGACGGGCUCACGUGUGAGAGAGAUGUUCGGAGCCGCUCCUCGCCCUGCCGGCAGCUGCCGAGCUCCGGAGAUAAGCAGCCAAAUAGGAGGUAGCCGUGUUGGAGCGCAGGGGCUUGCGGCGCCCGGGUGAAACCCUCUCAGUUUUCAGGAGAGAUUUCCCACAUGGUCUCGUCUACCAAUCACAACAGAAAGGACCAAAUUCAUCCUGGCCGCAUUUCACAUGUACUCAAUGGAGUAAUAGAAUUCAGGGAUAAAUCUGGCCCUUUGUGGUGGAUGCCUAAGGAUAUUUCGGGAGGGAUCCCAGAGUUUGACGGUGAGAACAUGUAUAUGAGUAUGACAGAGCCAAACCAGGACUAUGUGCCAGCCAGCCAGUCUUUCCCUGGCCCAAGUCUUGAAAGUGAAGAUUUCAACAUACCUCCUAUAACUCCUCCGUCAUUGCCUGACCACUCACUGGUACACUUGAAUGAGAUGGAGUCUGGAUACCACUCUCUGUGUCAUCCAAUGAACCACAAUGGCCUCCUUCCAUUCCACCCACAAAACAUGGAUCUACCCGAAAUUACAGUUUCCAACAUGCUUGGCCAAGACGGGACACUGCUUUCCAAUUCCCUCUCUGUGAUGCAAGAUUUACGGAAUACAGAAGGAGCCCAGUAUAGUUCCCAUCCUCAGAUGGCAACCAUGAGGCCAAGGGUUCAACCUGCAGAUAUUAGGCAGCCAGGAAUGAUGCAGCAUGGGCAGCUGACUACUAUUAACCAGUCCCAGCUCAGUGCACAGCUUGGUUUGAAUAUGGGUGGAAACAAUGUUCCUCACAACUCACCCUCUCCACCUGGAAGCAAAUCUGCAACUCCUUCACCAUCCAGUUCAGUCCAUGAAGAUGAAGGAGAAGAUAGCUCUAAGGUCAAUGGAGGAGAGAAGAGACCUGCUUCAGAUAUGGGAAAGAAACCCAAAACUCCCAAAAAGAAGAAGAAGAAGGACCCAAAUGAGCCACAAAAGCCUGUGUCUGCCUAUGCAUUAUUCUUCCGAGACACUCAAGCAGCCAUCAAGGGCCAAAACCCCAAUGCUACUUUUGGCGAAGUCUCUAAAAUUGUAGCUUCAAUGUGGGACGGCUUAGGAGAAGAACAAAAACAGGUAUACAAAAAGAAAACUGAAGCUGCCAAGAAGGAAUAUCUGAAGCAGUUAGCUGCCUACAGAGCAAGCCUUGUAUCCAAGAGCUACAGUGAACCUGUUGAUGUUAAAGCCUCCCCGCAACCUCAGAUGAUGAAUUCAAAGCAGUCAGUGUUUCAUGGGCCUUCCCAGGCUCACUCUGCUUUGUACCUCGGUUCCCACUACCACCAACAACCAGGAAUGAAUCCUCACAUCACUGCCAUGCAUGCCAACAUCCCCAGGAAUAUAGCGCCCAAGCCCAACAACCAAAUGCCAGUGACUGUUUCCAUAGCAAACAUGGCUGUGUCGCCACCACCGCCACUUCAGAUCAGCCCUCCUCUGCACCAGCAUCUCAACAUGCAGCAACACCAGCCGAUUUCAAUGCAGCAGUCUAUUGGAAACCAGCUACCGAUGCAAGUCCAGUCUGCUUUACAUUCACCUACGAUGCAGCAAGGAUUUACUCUUCAGCCUGAUUAUCAGAAUAUCAUCAAUCCAACAUCAACAGCUGCACAAGUUGUUACCCAAGCAAUGGAGUAUGUUCGUUCAGGGUGCAGAAAUCCUCCGGCACAGACUGUGGACUGGAAUAAUGACUACUGCAGUAAUGGGGGCAUGCAGAGGGACAAAGCACUCUACCUUACCUGAAAAUCUGAAACACCUCUCCUUUCCACUGAGGAAUGCAGGGAAGUCUUUUCAUCACGGAUUGCUUUAUGCAGUCAAGGCAGUUCUGCAUUUUAUUAGAAAAUACAAGUUGCUAAGCACUUAGGACUAUUUGAGCUUGUGGGUCACCCACUCUGGAAAAAAUAGUCUUGCUUCUUUCUUUUUUUUUUUUCUUUCUUUUUUUUCCCCUCCACCCAUUUUUGUUUCCUUCUUUCUUUCCCUUUUUCACCCCAACCAUGAGAUCCUUUAACGGACAUUGCUUUUCUUCUUCCCUGAAGGAAACUUGGACCAUUCAGAUUUUAUGUUGUUUUUUGCUGUGAAGUGCUGCGAUAGUAACUGCCUUAGCAACUGUAGAUGUCUCGGAUAAAAGUCCUGGAUUUUCCAUUGGUUUUUCAUAAUGGGUGUUUAUAUGAAACUACUAAAGACUUUUUAAAUGGCUUGAUGUAGCAGUCAUAGCAAGUUUGUAAAUAGCAUCUAUGUUACACUCUCCUAGAGUAUAAAAUGUGAAUGUUUUUGUAGCUAAUUGUAAUUGAAACUGGCUCAUUCCAGUUUAUUGAUUUUAAAAAAAAGGGUUAAAUUGGCAAACAUUCAUAUUUUUACUUCAUUUUUAAACAACUGACUAAUAGUUCUAUAUUUUCAAAGUAUUUGGAGAAAAAAAAGUAAAAUAUUCCCAAAA